AUGGCUAUGGGAUUGUUCUGGAAUAGCUGGUCCGUAUUUUGGUUUUGGUUCAACGACGCUCGCACCUGUAGCAUCAUCAAUAAAUUCUUGCCGUAUUUCCACCGCGUCACUGCACUGUCCAUCCUGGGUAGCGUUUGUUUAAUCUGCUGGGACCGCUACGUGAUGAUCACUCGACCGCUUCGCUACCCGGCGCUUAUCACACUUCGUCGCGUUGUAAUCACUCUCUCCACCUCAUUCUGCUUCUUCGUCAUCGCGUGUGGCUUUUAUCUUCCCUUUCCGGGAUUUGGUUUCGCAGACAUCUUCAUAAGGAACUGCAUUAAGGAGACAUGGACCUUUGCAGCGGAGACGUGGAAGGACCUUUUCAUGGCACUGUUCAUAGUGAUACCGAUAUUUAGCACGCUUGUUAUAAUGACGCUGACAAACCUCGCUCUGCUUCGCGUCGCUUACCGCCAGUCACGCGCCAUCGCUGCGGUAAAAACCUCGACGUGGUCGGAUAACGCGGCCCCAGCUUCUUCUGUAUCUCGCCCAUCGUACAAUAAAAGCGUGAAAACGGUGGUUCUUUUGACGUUCCCGUUCUAUAUCUGCUGGUUACCUUGGAUCAUGUUUCUGACAUUCCAAGAUGUCUUCGGGACUGCCGAUUUCCUUGACGCCUUUGGACCGGCAGCGAGCUGGAUUCGACCCAUCAUCUAUAUGAUCACGACGAAGGAAGCCCGGAAAAUAAUAUACAGGAAGAUAAAUAAGCGUGAUGAUUCCGAUGUCUCACAGAUUUCAUUAUAUACUUGA